AUGAUGGGGCACUACUACUCCUCCCACUGUGACACCAAUGAUGGGGCACUAUUCCUCCCACUGACACCAAUGAUGGGGCACUAUUCCUCCACUGACACCAAUGAUGGGGCACUAUUCCUCCCACUGACACCAAUGAUGGGGCACUAUUCCUCCCACUGACACCAAUGAUGGGGCACUACUCCUCCCACUGACACCAAUGAUGGGGCACUACUCUCCCACUGACACCACCAAUGAUGGGGCACUAUUCCCCACUGACACCAAUGAUGGGGCACUAUUCCUCCC